AUGGGGAACGGCAUCAGCCACCUCCCACACCCACCCAAGCUCCGUCGCGUGGAAGCCGGCGCCUCCGUUGGCAUCGGCCAGGUGCCUCUGGCACCGGAGCUCUCUGACCCGUCCUCCAGCACUGCCCUGCAGCGAACGGUGCGGCUGCCGUCGGCCGUCAGCAGCAGCUCCAAGUUUUCUGCGCCUUGGGCGGGGGCUGAUUGGUGCUCCAGCAUGCUCUGCCUGUCGGUUCUGUUGUUAUGCUGCGUCGGCCGCGCUGUCGCCGCCCCCACUUUCGGCGUGCAGCCCGACUACGAAGCGGCCAUCCUGUCUCUAGGAGAGUUGCACCAUCAAGGCGGCCCCGCUAGACGGAGGACGGAAGAGACAUCUGAGCUUCAGCAGAGGAGGGAGCAAGCGCAGAAGCGGUUGCGGGUGAUCCAGGUGCAGAUCCUGCACAUGCUGAACCUACCGUGCGUGCCGCGGCCCCCGACAUCGACGAACGCCACCGACUACGCGCGCGCCUUGUACAACCGGAUGAAGAUGAUGCAGAACCAGACGGGACUGGCUCGUGAUGACCUAUUGAGACGCUCGCAGAGCUUCUACCCCUCCUGCGACGUGCCGGGCGGUCUUGAGGACGGCUUCUGGCAGCAGGAAGACUCGAUGGACGUGUACUUCAACCUCUCCAGCUUCUUGGCUCAGGGGCAAGACACGACCAUUGACAUUGCUGAGCUCCGGCUGCACAAGCGAAUCCGCCGGUACGGGGCGCCUAGCAACCAGCUGGAAGACGCGAACGAUGAGAAGAUUCGUGUGUCGGUGUACACGCACGGCAGCACCUCCGAAACAGCGUAUCACGUGCCUCCGGCAUCUACUGCGCCGUCGGCCGCCGGAAGGGAAUUCAACGACUCCCAACUAGUCGAUUCGGUGAUGAUUACCAAAUACGGCAGGCAGUGGGUCACUUUCAACGUGCGUUCGGCGGUGCACGCCUGGACCGGAGGGGACAUGAUCCUGGGCCUGCGAGUCACGGUCGAAGACGUCAACGGCAGCCUGCUGCCGGCCGAGGACUUUUUCGAAAACAUGGACUGCAGUGGGAACAUUCUCAGCAACACCCCCGUGCCUGGCUACCUGCUGAAGCUGGUCAAGGAAUCGUCACAGUUCACCUUCCCCGUGCUGGACCUGCGCACCACUGAGCAGGCCGACAUACAGUCGCCGCUGCCAUCCUCCCCGUCACCGGCGCCCUGCCCGUACCCGUCCGGGCCGCAUGCAUUCGACGACAGCUUCCAACAGCCGCGCUAUAUGGUCGGCGAGCGGCAGCUGGCGACGAGCUCUAAUCAGCUGGAGCGCCCGCGCCGCCGCUAG